GUGGGCCUGGACGAGAAAGAAAAGAAGAGUUUUGGGGAGGUUUUGGAUGAGGUGGUUAGAGGUGUACCUAGUUCGGAGAAGCUUUUCAUAGGUGGUGAUUUCAAUAGGCACAUCGGGUCUUUGCCGUUAGGGUACGAUGAUGUACAUGGAGGCUUUGGGUUCGGGGUUAGAAAUACUGAGGGAGCUGCUCUUUUGGAUUUUGCGAGGGUCUUUGGGUUGGUGGUAGUGAAUUCUAGCUUUUCAAAGAAGAAAGAGCAUUUGGUCACUUUCCGCAGUAGGAUAGCCAAGACUCAGAUCGACUUUUUGCUGCUUAAGAAGGAGGAUAGAGCAUUGUGUAAGGAUUAUAAGGUAAUCCCGAGUGAGAACCUUGCGGCCUAG